AUGGCCGAACAUUGGAAAUCAGCGCCGCGCUACUGGUGCAAACAGUGCAAGAUCUUUAUUCGCGACACACCCUUCGAAAAGACCCAACACGAAGCAAGCCCCAAACAUCAAGGGAGCCUGAAGCGUUUCCUCAGACAAAUCCACAAGGACAAUGAACAACAGCAGAGAGACUCACAACGUGCGAAAAGCGAGGUUGAGCGCUUGCGACAGGCCGUCGGCGGCGGGUCCGCGUCGGACAAGGAUGCCGCACCGCCAUGGAAACGAAACACAGCGCCAGCGCCAAAGCCCACAGAACGCCCUGCCACACUAGAGGAGCGAAAAAAACAAAUCGCACAGCUUGCAGAAAUGGGAGUCGCCGUUCCUGAAGAAUUCCGCCGCGACAUGGCAUUGGCCGGAGAAUGGCAGACCUUGUCCGAGACAAGGAUCGAGCCAACCCAGGGAAUAGAUGGUCCUACAAAGUCAGUCGGAGUGCGUAAGCGCAAACAUGAAGGUGAGGAAGAGGAGGAUGAUGAACAUGCCCCAGAACCAAUCGUGAACAAGGGCUGGGGUUCGAGGAUGAGGCAAUAUCCCGGCGCGCAGGCUGACGAGGACCUGGAUGACCUGGAUGACUUGCUUGCAUCUACUAAAGAUCUCAAAAAACCGAAGACAUUCACGCCGAAGGUUGAACUCGAUGGACAGGAAAUUACCACUGGAGAAGCCAAUGCCACUAUUACGUCUGAUAAGAAGGAAGACGAGCCUACCAAGUUGGAACCCCAAGAGACAGCCGCGACCGAGGUGAAAACAGAAGAUCCUGCGCAGGUGGCAGAAUCAACAGAAGAGAAACCACAAAGCGAAGAUACUACACCUGGAGUGGUUUUUAAGAAGCGCAAGCCUAAAACCAUGAGGAAGUGA